AUGGAAAUCUUGAGAGAAAAGGCAGGAUUCAUUGUCGGUCAAAGGAAAUUUACCUUAGACAUGUUGAAGGAGUUUGAUGUGUCUCAUUUGACUCGAGUCAGCUCCCCUUUGGAUCUUUCCUUCAAGCUUCAAGCUGAUGAUGGACAGCCCCUGCAAAAUCCCACUGUAUUUCAUCACUUGAUCGGAAAGUUAAAUUAUUUAACUAAUACUCGACCGAAUCUCUCUUUUGCUGUACUCACCCUUAGUCAAUAUAUGCAGAAAACAUGUGUUUCUCACUUCUUUGCUGCUCCACUAGCACUCAAAUACCUCGGUUCUAAUCCGGGUCAAGGCAUUCUCCUUUCAGCAGAACCAUCAUUUUCUUUGCUAGCAUUUUGUGACGCUGAUUGGGCUUCUUGCAAGGAUUCAAGGAGGUUCGUCAGUGGUUUCUUCAUAACACUGGGAGGAACUCCUAUUUCCUGGAAAUCAAAGAAGUAG